AUGUCGGACGACGAAGCCGACCCGGAACUGCUUGCACUCCUCCGGCAGCACCUGCAAGGGAAACUCACCAUCAGUGAAGAGCCCGAAACAGGGGUUCUAGAGGGGGCGGAGUAUGUCUACAACAACGCCAUCGACGUUGCGAUCGACAUGCGCUCAUGCAAGAACGCGGCCGCGGUAAUCUAUUCGCGGAUGCAGCGAAAGCAGUACUCGCCGGCGACCUGGUCCGACCAUGAGCUGCACCCCAAGGCGGCGCACGAUGGCGCGGAAGGGGACAGGGCCACCAUCGCCUUCAUCUUCACCAUGGACCUGCUCAACUUCUCCUUCUGGUCCGAGAGGCCUGAGGCUGAGCGGUUUGCGAUUGAGUACCGCGGCAAACGGUGGACCGGGUACUGGAGCCUGGUUGCCGCAUUGCAGCGGGCGUUGGAAGAAGGAAUCCCCAUCACGGACUCCCACUUCUGGCAAGAUGAAGAGGAGUUCACUUUGGACAUCCUAAAGCGGGUCUUCAGGUCUUGUACAGACGAGGAGAUACCGUUGCUGCCGGAGAGGUUAGCCUGUCUGCGUGAGGCCGGCAAGGUGCUGUACGAAUGUAGUCGCGAGCCGGGAUCUGACACGGGCUCCAUCCAGAGAUACCAAUGCCAUCCUGUAAACCUGAUUGACGCCGCCAACGGAUCGGCCGCCCGUCUGGUCAACCUGAUGGCGCGGGACUUCGACUGCUUCCGAGAUGAGCAUGCCUUUGACGGACGGCGCAAGCCUAUCCGUAUUCUCAAACGAGCACAGAUAUUGGUUGCUGAUUUGUGGGCCUGCUUUGAGGGUGAGGGAUACGGAGAGUUUUGGGAUAUCGACAAGAUCACCAUGUUUGCGGACUACCGCGUGCCCCAGAUCUUGAACAGCAUGGGGUGUCUCACCUACUGCCCGCCACUCAACUCGGCAAUCCAGGAGAAGAAGGAAAUACCGUCAGGCGGGAGCUGGGAGGUGCAGCUGAGGGCAUGUACCAUCUGGUGCGUAGAGCUGAUACGGAGGGAGAUUAUCAAAGAGCACCCGGAGUCUCACAUCAACGCUGUGCUCAUCGAUUUCUUCUUGUACGACACCAUAAAGGAGAUGGAAGCUGCAGGGCAGGAGACGGUCCCGCACCAUCGAACAAGAAGCAUCUGGUACUGAGCGAGCAGAGCCCAACCGCUGCAGAGCACAGGAGAGCUAGCAAGUCCAUAGGGGAAAGAAAAAGCUCGAGGUAGAACCCAGUUAACUAAACACAUCCUCUUCCUUUAAAAGAAUCUUCUUCCUUCCCCUUCCUCAAAGAAAUGUCCUUCCCCAAAGAGAUCCCUUUCCUUCCUCAACACCGGAACGCCAGCCCUCAAGCCAUCAUCA